CGUUCGCGUAAGACCACCUUUUUAAGUCCGCCUUGAGCGUUUCGCCGACGCUUUUUUUAUAUGAAGUUUGACAGCAUUCCACCUGAAAAGCUGAACAGAAAACUCAGCUUAAUGGAAUGAAUGUGACAUCCCAACCCUGAUCAUCUGGUACUAUUUUCUUCAUGCAAUAACUUGCUUUAAAACCAUUUUAUAUCUAAGAAGAUGUCCUCAUCCGCUCAUCUUCAAUACCAAAAUAGUCAGCAUUCAAGAGUUAUGAAUCUAAAAUAUAAAUCAAAAUAUAAAAAACUGAAGAAGCAAAUUAAACAUUUGGUUUUUGAAAAUGCUUCAUUGUGCGAUGAAGUUUCUCAAAUCCAACUAGACUUACAACUAGCACGAGAGGAGCGAAGGUAUUUAAUUAAACGUCUUAUGCGCCAUGAAGGAUACGAUGAGGGCCUUGAUAAUAAGAACAAUAAUACGGAAAUUGUCGCAAUACAGCAGAAAACAAAUAACAUUCCCAAGAAGAGAGGACCAAAAAAACGUAUCAGCAAUGUAAACUCACAGGUCGAUUGUGAUUCGCAAGGAAAACCAAAAAUGCCAAUAAAUUUGUGCAACGUUUUAAUCCACUCUUUGGGUGAAAUUCUUCCAACCAAUCCUAAUUUCCACAAUUCCAGUUGGAUUUACCCUGUGGGGUAUGUUGCGACACGUAUUUAUGCGCACCCAAAGGAUCCGCAAAGGAAGUGCGUAUUUACAUGCAAAAUUCUUAAUAAUACUGGAAUGCCCCAAUUUCAAAUAAUACCGGACAAUGAUUUGGAUAGCGUUUUCUUUGGUGAAAGUGCUAAUAUUUGCCAUCAAUCCCUUUUGGAGACAUUGCGAAGGUCGCUAUCUGAUGCGGCCAAAUUGCCUUUACGUGUCCAGGGAGAAAAGUUUUUUGGUUUGUCAAAUCCUGUGGUGCAAUCACUGCUAAAAUUGGAUCCGUCUUUUAAACAGUGCACGAAUUUCAAAGAAUUUCCAAACAAAACUGAUUUUCCAGGCUAUAACAUCCCCGAAGACAAAGAUCCAACCAUGUCUUGGGAAGCUUUUUCACUUAUUACAAUGUCCGCAUAUCACACAAUGCCAGAAAUUAAAGAUGAACCACCUGAUGAGUUGUUCGACAUGAAUUAGCUUCAAAAUUUAAGAAUGCUUCAACUUCUAACUUCAUUUGACACAUUCGACUGCGGUAGUCCAUAUUUUGUAUUAUCCAAAGUUAGAAUAAUAAAAAAUAGAUGUAUGUGAUGAAAUCUGAAAAAUAUCAUAUUCUA